UGAGUUCCAUGGCCCAAAGGCUUGUGGGCAGGGGUGCUGGCCCAUCUCCAACCCAAGGACUCAAGAGCUCCUGAGAAGGACACAUUGAACCAGAAACACUCCAGGACGAGGGGCAGGAGGUGUUCCAGGAGGUCACACUCGGCUAUCCAGGAGGUCGAGGAAGCUCCCGGCCUGGCUCGGGUGCUAUUCCCGCCGCCAGGCCACCAUGGUCUUUGGCUGGCUGCUGCUUCUGGUGUUGGUUCUUUGCCCUGGUGGGACAGGCAUCAAGGACUGUGUCUUCUGUGAGCUGACUGAUUCCGCUCGGUGCCCGGGCACACACAUGCGCUGUGGGGAUGAUGAAGAUUGCUUCAUCGGCCACGGAGUAGCCCAGGGCGUGGGGCCCAUCAUCAACAAAGGUUGCGUGCACUCCACCAACUGCGGUCGUGAGGAGCCCAUCAGCUACAUGGGCCUGACAUACAGCCUCACCACCACCUGCUGUUCUGGCCACCUUUGCAAUGGGGGUGCUGGCCUUGCCACGGGGGCUACCAGCCUGUCACUGGGCCUGCAGCUGCUCCGGGGCCUGUUGCUGCUGCUUCAAUACUGGCCGUAAUCCACAGGAACUGCAGGGCCUGGGGCUGUGCCCCGUGGCCCUAUCUCCAUCCCUUUUCCCCAUUAAACGACCAGAGGUGCAGUCU